UUCCCCCCCUAAAUUAAGCCAUCCAUCGCUCAAACCUCAAACAUCCUUCUCUCUCUCUCUCUCUCUCUCUCUCUGUUCCUUGGAAACUGAAAUCUUGAAUCUCGAAGCAAAAAUGGAGACCAGUGUGAAUGCAGCAGCCAAAGUUCAGCACGUGACCAAAGCUUCAUCGGACGAGCUUCUGAGGAAGUUUGCGGAGGUAGGUUCCGAAUCGGAGGACAAGCGAGAGCUGCGAAUCGUCAAGCGCCGGAAAAGGAUCCAGGCGGCCGCCGCCGGGAAAGAAGCGGUGAGUUUUAACGGUGGCUCGGCGGUGGUGGAGAGGAAGUCCCUCCUCGCUCCGGCGGGUUCCAAGAGGUCGGCGGCGUUGAUUCGGCAUCUCGGAAUUGGGAAAGCCAGGGUCCGAGCUAGGGAGCUCAGGAACAAGUCUUUUAUGGGUACCAUAGAAAAGACAUGGAGAAAGACUAUUGGGGGGGCUUCCAAGAUCUUCAUGGAGAAACAUUAUAACCGACACAAACGUCUUAUAAAUGACAUCUACUAGCUAGGUAAACCUUGUUAAAUGCUAAUUUUGCAGAGCCCAUCUGUAAAGAAACUGCAAUGAGUUUUGGCUAUUUAGCAUGACCAUGUAUUAGUGUAUUAGCAGCAUUCUUUGAUUUGUUAAAUUAAAUCUCACUGAAUAAAGUUCUUUAAUUUCAACCAUUCA